UCCGCACAUGGCUCUAAAUGUUGACAAGGCAAUUGACGCUCUCACUGAAAAGGAUUAACCGAAUCGAACUAAAACCCUAUGCCAACCUCUUCGCCUCUGUAAAACCCUUCUCGUGCCGUUCGGAGGGAAACAUGACUUCCGUUGAAGAAUCCGAUGUUGGGAUUGUCUGCUACAUUUCUCAUCUCCCAGGCUUCCGUGGUAUUCUCAAGCAGAGAUAUUCGGAUUUUAUUGUAAAUGAAGUGGAUUUGGAUGGAAAUGUUGUCCAUUUAACCUCGCUGGAGGCUCCAUCAGAGAUUGCAGAGGAAAAAAAAGACAGCCUAGUUGAUCUACUGGAUAAGGAUUACUCCCCUACCAUAGAAUCUUUUAGAGCUCUUGCUGGUGAAUCUGAUGCGGAGAAGUUGAAAGAUUUCAUAAAUCAAAUUGCUUCAGGAGUUAACAACCAUGACGAGUUUAUUCUUCUUUCUCCGUGCUCUGAUAAGUCCCAUCGAGCGGCUGUUCAUAACUUCUUCAAGGAGAGACUGAAACUCUUUGUCACUGACACAAUUGAUGGGCCAGAUUCCGUAUCAAAGUCGGUUCGCGUGCGAUUGAAUUCAGGAAGUCAUAGUGGUAGCAGAAGGAACUCCAAGAAAAGAAAAGAACGAGGUGAUAAACCAUAUGAUUCUAGGGGCUCAGAUAAUUGGCCAGAAAACAUUGGCAAGUUUCUCAGGUUUCAUCUUUACAAAGAGAACAAAGAUACACAAGAGGCUCUUGGGCUCCUUGGGAAGAUGCUUGGCAUUCAGCCAAGGUCCUUUGGGUUUGCUGGCACAAAAGAUAAACGCUCUGUAUCCACUCAAAGGGUUACCGUUUUUAAGCAGCGGGCAAGUAGAUUAGCAGCACUUAAUGAAAAAUUAAUUGGUAUUAAAGUCGGAAACUUCUGCCAUGUGAACGACGGACUUGUUCUUGGCCAACUCCAAGGAAACCGAUUCACAAUCACAUUAAGAAGUGUUAGUGCUGAAACUGAAGAUAUUGUUAAAGCAUCUGCAACUGCCUUAGGGGAGAAUGGAUUUAUCAACUAUUUUGGUUUACAGCGGUUCGGAAGCAGUUCUAUACCAACUCAUCUCAUAGGAGCUGCAUUACUGCGUGGAGAAUGGAAAGCUGCUGUCAGCUUGAUUCUCGACCCAAGAGAAGGGGAGAAGGAUGUCACAAGAAAGAUAAGGGAAUACUUCAAGGAGAGUGGUGAUGUUGAAGGGACUCUAAGACAGUUACCACGCCAUCUAGUUGCAGAACGUGCUAUUCUGCAUUGUUUCCGGAAAUGUCCUGGAAAUUACUUACAAGCUUUGCUGGCUAUACCUCGGACAUUGAGAAUGAUGUUUGUGCAUAGUUACCAGAGCUAUUUAUGGAACCAUGCCGCAAGUAUGAGAGUGCAAAAAUAUGGGUUUCACCAGGUUGUGUUGGGUGAUUUGGUGUACUGCAAAGAACAGGAGGCUGAGAAAGAACUGCCAUCUUCUCAUUUGGAAUGCAAAGAUGGCAGCGGGUGUGAUACAGAUGUCAAUUACCAUUUGGAUGACAUAUCUCUCACUGAUCUUUCAGAAUUAAGAAAUACAUCUGUGAAGGUGAUCACCGAGGAGGAUAUAGUUGCUGGAAAAUACACAAUCUAUGAUAUCAUCCUUCCUUUACCUGGGUCGAGGAUAAUCUAUCCAAUGAAUGAUAUCGGGGAAGUCUAUCAUGAAUUAGCAAAAAAGGAUGAUAUCAGCUUGAUAGACAGUCUGCAUAACACCAAAGAAUUUUCAUUAACCAACAUGACUGGAGCAUACAGGCAGGUGUUUCAAAAGCCCAAGGAUUUCCAGUGGGAAUUGCUCAACUACACGGAUGGAAAUAAACCACUGGCAGAGACAGAUUGGGACAUUAUUUCCAAGUCAUGUGCAGCUAGUUUUGGUAGAGACUCAGAUGAGAAGGAACAGAUCAAGCUCCAAACUGGCUGUAGGUCGGAGGCAAAUAAGUUCAAGAAUGAGGUUGUGCUGUCCCCAGACACUAGAGAAACUAAAAGUGAUAGAGAAGAAGAUAUACAAAUAGACGAACCUAUAGGUGCCUCUAAGACACCAGAAAGCCAGAUGGCUCUCAAGUUGAGCUUUACCCUCCCAGCUUCUUCUUAUGCAACUAUGGCCAUAAGGGAGCUGCUAAAGACAUCAACCUCUGUUGCCUUCCACAAGGCAUUGAACUGAUUGCAAUCCUGGAACAUAGAGAAAUUCAUUCAUGUCAUGAUGGAAGUUCCACCAAUAUACAUACAUACUGGACCAAAGGAUUAAGAGAUUAUGAUCAUUCAUGAUGAGUCCAUUCGAAACUUGUUUAAUUUUCCAGUAUAUACAUCUGGAGUUAGUAUCAUGCAAUAUAUCACCAACUUCUUACUCAUAGGUGCUUGCCGCCAGGACAGAAUGUGGAGUGGGAAUUAAUAGGUGAAUUUUCGUGUUGAAAUUGGAAUUAUUGUUUAUUUUAUCUCGUGUUAACUUGCAUUGAAGAAAUCCAUUCAGAUAGCCUAGCCCAUCUUUUUUCUGGUUGUUUGAUCUGUUGAUGAAACUUAUUUUGUGUGUAUAUAUUUUGAUAGAAGUAUUGCUCUGUGUUUCGUCUCAAGUAUAGGAGUCGAUACCUAUCCUGAGAUGACUUAUGUUUCUGAAUAUUUCUGUAGUUUACAAGGAUGAUAUUCCUAGACUGAUUUAAAUGAGUGUUUGGAUGAGCGUAUAAACCUCG